GCAGUCGUACAAUCAUGAUCAGCUUACGACACUCACUGAGCAGUAGGUGCCCCUGCAUGCUUUAGUAACACACUGCUUCAGCUGAAGGGGAAAGAAGCCUUCUCUGUCUGUUUUUCUCUCCCUCUGCUAGAAGCAUCAGCUAACCACCAAGGAAAGCAGAAAAAAAAAAGAAUAGGAGUUAAGCUAUUCUCAGCCGGCCACUGAACGUGUCGUAAUAUGUCUCUAUGGAGUCAAUGGAUUUUUUUUUUGGUGAGCAUUUGUUACAAAUGGACAUAAAACAGAUCUGCAGAUUUGGUUGGAGUCGUUAACAAAGAGUUUGGAGUUUUUUUUCCAGAAUGUCACGAUAUUAACUGCAGAGAAAAAGGACGGGCAGAAAGGGAGAAGAUCGAGCUGGUAGUUGUGGAACUUAAAGGUCCUACAAGUCAGCUAAAAGGUAAUGAGACCCCCCUUUUCAUCUCAUUGAGAAGAAGCAAAGUGGGACAUUGUGAAGCUGCCAGCUUUGCGCAGACUGAAAGCCAGUGAAUUUGUAACACAGAGGGGUCUUUUAGCCCUGCAUAUAAUUAGCUAAAACACAAAGGAAGCAGCUGAAUGGAGGUUAACACUCUAUGGAAAAGGGUGGGUAAGACACUUUUUUAAUUAAAUUCUUUCAUGAAGAAAAUUUCGUUUUUUCUCUUAGCCCUUUUCUGCAGCAUUUACCAUGAUCAAAAACACAAUCUUUUCACCUUUCCAUUUUCCUGAACUUUAAUGCUGCCAAGAUCCUGCAUGUUGUAAAGUCUGUCCUCUCUCUGUAUCUUUGUAGAUAUACAUAUUUUUAUAUUAAAAUAUGAUGUAGAAUUUGGUAAAGGAUUCAAUGGACAUUCUCCAGAACAUUUGGAUACAUUCUUGCCAAUGGAUUUCCUUCUCAUUGGUAUCUGUUUAAACUGGAUGCUGAGGAAGCCCCCAGGGUUAAUAUUGUGUACACUGGGUAUAUUUGUUAAAAUGCUUCCACUUGUUCACAGUGGAUGUCCUAGGCUCUGUCGUUGCGAUGGCAGGUUUUUGUACUGUGAAUCACAGAAUUUUACGGAGAUCCCUAACAACCUGUCGGGUGUGAUGGGCUUGUCUCUGCGGUACAACAGUCUUUCAGAGCUGCAAGAUGGACAGUUCACUGGGUUAAUUCAGCUCACGUGGCUUUAUCUGGAUCACAAUCACAUCAACUCUGUGGAGGGGAAUUCCUUUCAAAAACUGCGUAGAGUUAAAGAGAUCACUAUGAGUUCCAACAAAAUACAACAUCUGGCCAACACUACUUUCCGACCCAUGCCGAACUUGCGCAGUGUGGAUUUAUCAAACAAUAACCUACAGUCUUUAGAACCAGAUCUUUUCCAUGGUCUACGCAAGCUGACGACUUUGCAUAUGCGCUACAACGCCAUCAAGUUUGUGCCAGUAAGAAUCUUUCAGGACUGUCGCAGCCUGAAGUUCCUGGACUUGGGAUACAAUCAGUUGAAAAGCCUUGCACGUAACUCUUUUGCAGGUUUGUUUAAACUUACUGAACUCCACCUCGAGCACAAUGACUUGGUAAAGGUGAAUUUAGCUCAUUUUCCUCGACUCCUCUCGCUGCACUCUCUGUUUAUGAGGAGGAAUAAAGUCACUAUAGUUGUUAACUCAUUGGACUGGGUGUGGAAACUAGAAAAGAUGGACCUCUCUGGCAAUGAGAUUGAAUAUAUCGAACCUCACGUUUUUGAAAGUGUACCUCAUCUGGAAUCACUGCAGUUAGAUUCCAACCGUCUCACCUAUAUUGAUUCUAGAAUCCUAAACUCUUGGAAGUCUCUCACAAGCAUCACCCUGGCUGGGAACAGUUGGGAUUGUGGACGUAAUGUUUGCGCCUUGGCCUCCUGGCUGAGUAACUUUAAAGGUCGAUAUGAUGGCAAUAUGCUAUGUGCAACUCCUGAGUAUGCUCAAGGUGAGGAUGUUCUAGAUGCAGUCUAUGCUUUCCAUUUGUGUGAAGACUCAGCAGACCCAACAAGUAUCAGUGCAUUUUCCACUGCACUCAACAACAGUGACAAAAAUACUAAUGACAACCCAACUACUACUACAUAUGAUGUUCAGGAUACAGAAGGUGAAAGAACCACAAGCAGCCUCACAGCUACAAUAGCCAGUGAGCAAGCUGAGAACACUGUUCAGAUACACAAGGUAGUUACUGGGACAAUGGCACUAAUAUUCUCCUUUCUGAUUGUGGUCUUGAUGUUGUAUGUUUCAUGGAAGUGUUUUCCGGCCAGCCUUAGACAACUAAGGCAGUGCUUUGUCACACAACGUAGAAAGCAAAAACAAAAACAAACCAUGCAUCAAAUGGCUGCCAUGUCUGCACAAGAAUAUUAUGUUGAUUACAAACCCAAUCACAUUGAAGGAGCACUGGUUAUCAUUAACGAGUAUGGGUCUUGUUCAUGUCACCAGCAGCCUGCGAGGGAGUGUGAGGUCUGAUUCUUUUCAGUGUGAGAUUAAGCAUUGUACAACCAAAUAACAAUGGCAGAGACAGACAGAUGGGAUUUACUGAGCUUUUUUCUGUUUCACCACUUGACUGACAUGACAGAGAAAAGGAUUUGUUUGAAAGACUUGAAAUGUUAGCUUUAUUGUGUCUUAAAACUUCAGGACAGUCCACCAGAAACAAAACAAACACAUACACACACACACACACACAAACACAAAAAUAAAUAUUCAUAUGAUAUGAAGCUCUGUCUAUAUUCAGGAACUUGAAAGUGUAAAAAAACAAAGGUAUCAAUUAUUGAUUUUUGUAAACUACUAUGUUUAAAAUAAAAUAGCAUUUACAAUAUUUGAAGAGUGUUGUUCAGUAGAUCAAUGAGAAAGAUCCUGUAAAUCUCAUAUCACCUCUACAUCUGCAGUCCUUUGGCAGUAAAGCUAUCCCAGCAACAGCCUUGAUUUAGCAAUAGAUGGAUCAAUGGCUGAUAGCACUAAAUAGCUCACACUGCAAUAAACUGGGUAAUAUUUGGAGUACAGCUGAUGCUAGGAAUACUGCAGGACUGCAUAAUACAUAAUGUCCUUUUCUUUUGGGCUAGAUGGUUAAAAGAUAAAGAAGGGUCGGUAUACUACCAAAGAUAAAGAUUUUAUUCACCUGUUGAAAUGUGACCUAAAGACAAAUUGAUUUGGUUUUUGAAAUUUCUUGUGCAAUGCUUGGCAAA